UCCGACACAAAGAAUUAAGUAAAAAGUAAGCUUAGCUGAGCUGAGCUAUAGAGCCUACAGAAUGUUUUAGUACCGAAUACACGACACUGCAAAAGUAGCCCCCGUGAACCGAGUGCAGAAAGGGAAGAAAUUAAGUGUGAACCGUGGAAGAGGUGGGAAUGCGGUGAUGGCAGUGAUCGCAGUGAUCAACAAUAUCGCCAAGGUCGGCAGGGGUUGGUUCGUGUGCUGUGCUUAGCGUUGUUCUUAGAUUUCUUUGGAGGAAACCAUUUGUAAUGUAUUCAGAAGAUUAUAUACCUAUAGAGGUAGGAGGUAAACAGUAUGAGGUGAUAGAUGAAGUAAAAGAUACGCAGUUCGAGUCUGAGGGUGAGCAGUAUGAGGUGAUUGAUGAAAUAACAAAUGCACAGUUUGAGUCUGAGGAUGGCCCUACUGAAGAGGUUGUAUCGUCUGGGCAGAAAACACAACAAUUUAUAAAAGAAGAAUCAAAGACAGAGCAAGGCGAGUUCAUAGAAAGCACUAAGCAGGCGGAAGAUUCAGUCGAAGAAAUCUGUAGUGUUCCCAUUAAGGGAGAAGCGAAUAUAACGAAGUCACAACCAUAUAGUGAACCUCCAUCAGAACAAGUGGUUGGUGCAGAGAUGACAUCAGAAGAAAAUAGAAAUGUAUCCAAGGUGUCGGAUGUGGAAGAAGUAUCAGAUGUUGUAAACAGAAGUAAUGAGAAACAAUUUGAGGGCCAUCAGAGUUCAACUGAUCAGACUGAAAUGGAAAAUAAACCGAUUACUUUUGUACAUAACACGACUGAUUCUCAGGUUGCACCAGAAAGUAGUGGGAAAUUAGAUGAGAAUACUAUCGGUGCUGAGGCAAAGCAAACAUUUAUACGGCCACCUCCAUUAAGACAGCCCAUAGUUUUGGAUUCGAAUGUUUUACUAGUAGGUGGAUUGCAUCCAGGACAGUCUGGGGACCUGAAGCAGUUGCUGAAUGCAUCCCUGGGAAUCGGCUCGCACAGGAUUGAGCCGCGUCAGAAGGGCGAUUCAUUUUUGCGUGUACAUUUCAGUUCCAAGGAUGAAAUGGAAAUAGUCAGAGCUCUUUUGCACAAACAGAUGUUCCUGGGUUCCAGACUGAAUGCAGUGGUGAGUACAAAAUUGAUAACUAAGCACUCCACCCCCUGCCAACAUCACUUCACUCUGUGA